AUGCCGUCUCACAAGAAAAACACCAAGUCUACCUCGGCAGGGGGCACGCGGCCUACGAAGGAGUCGCAGACUGGGAAGUCACGAAUUUCUUCGCCGGUCCGGUUUAUUUUGGUGGUGUUGAGUAGCUUGGCUCUUAGCUCUGGGCUCUUCCUUCUUACGUCUGGAAUUCACCUGGACGAACUCCGAGCUGUGAGCAAGCCCCUGGACUCGCCGUGGGAAAUUGGUGGUUUGUUGGCGUGGAGAGCUGUCGAGGUUGGUUUGGCUUGGGUACUUGGAUAUGAUGGACGCGACGUGCUGUCUUUCAUUUUCCUCACCCACCUCCCCACUUACACCCUCCUUUCCUCCUUCUAUAAAAUUCGUCCUACGACCAUUCUAGUUGCUUAUGCUAUUACUCUAUUCUCGAACACCAUCCCGUUUGUCUUCUUUCGCCGUUCAGCCUCUGUUCACGAUCUCGCACACGCGCCGUCCAGCGCAGUGUCCAACCGGAACAUUCUCCAAGACCGUCCUACGGCUAUCUACACUACAAUUGCCGCGACUUCUAUUUUCACCGUUGCGCUGUACGUCAGCUAUGCGACCUGGCUCCCGGCGCAACUCGUGGUGCACUUCGAAAACAUCCCGGACAUUAGCUUGACACAUGCCGGUCCCGCCGGUCUUCCAGUGCUGUUCUUCAGCCUCCUCCCCGCUGGCUGGGCAGCAAAGGACUUCCUUUUUGUGAGCUCAGCCGGUGUACCGAGUACCUCUGACUCUGGUUCCGAGAAAUCGUGGCAACAGGGAGAGUACCUUGCUUGUGCGUUGUAUCGCAAGACGUGGGGAGCAUUGCCCGCCAAGGCGCGAGUGCUUAUUCAGCGGACGUUCACUUCAGCGACUCUUAUUGUUGCGAGCACGAUUGUUCAGCUUGUGGGGACGAUUAAGGGCGCCAAUGUUGAGGGCGCGACUGCUUGGGGAGCCAUCUGGGCCGUUGCGACUUUGGCUGUGGGGUUGACGUUUGGGUGGAUUGAAGCUGUUGAUGGCGUAUAG